ACAGAAAACAUGGCGUCGCUUGCGGGAGAUCGUUGGAGGGAAGCUCUGAAGAACCACGAUAUAUUCAAUAAUUUACAAGAAAGGCUUCAUUUAGAGCCUCAGGGGACAAGUAAAAGAAUAGCUAAGAACCUGACGUUUUGUUUGAACGGUGAUCUGUUCAUUUGGGACAGCGUUGAGAGCGUGUUUUACACCACAAACCUGCGACAGCUGAACUCUGACGGCGAACCAGACACCUCCAGAUAUCAGACCCUGCUGUGCAUCAACCCGCCGCUGUUCGAGGUGUGUCAGGUGCUCGUCAGCCCCUCGCAGUAUCAUGUGGCCCUCAUCGGUCAGCGAGGAGCCACUGUCCUGGAGCUGCCACAGCGCUGGGGGAAGAAGUCCGAGUUUGAGGGCGGACGGAUCCAGAUCAACUGCAAGACCAUUCCGGUGGCUGAACGCUUCUUCACCAGUUCUGCGUCUGUGACUCUUCGUCAAGCUGUCUGGUAUCCCAGUGAAACUGAGGAGCCUCAUCUCGUUCUGCUGACCUCAGAUAACACCAUCAGAUUUUAUAAUCUUAAGGAGCCCCAGUCCCCUGCUAGAGUUUUAUCUGUGUCUCAGAUGGAUGAUGACAGCAGCGUCCAUACAAGAAGUCGUUCUUAUGCGGCCUCUUUGGGAGAGACGGCGGUGGCUUUUGACUUUGGUCCGUUGGCUGAUUCUCCUCACCUGAGCAGUCUGCGAAUGAAGGCAGAGCUGGUGGUUUAUCCACUUUACAUACUAUACGGCAAUGGAGAGACCUUUCUGAACUACAUCUCUCUCUCACACAGUGUCGGUAGUUUAGGGAAGCCGAUGGGCCCGUUACCCAUGUACCCUGCAGCAGAAGAUAACUACGGCUACGAUGCGUGUGCUGUGCUCUGCCUGCCUUGCGUGCCCAACAUCCUGGUCAUCGCCACUGAAUCAGGAAUGCUGUAUCACUGUGUGGUGCUGGAGGCAGAGGAAGAGGAGGAUGGCGGAGCUGUAGAGAGAUGGUCCAGAGGCUCAGAGACGGCACCUUCGCUCUACGUAUUUGAGUGUGUGGAGCUGGAGCUGACACUUAAACUGCCUGCUGGAGAAGAGGAGGAGAUUACAGAGUCAGACUUCACUUGUCCAAUCAGAUUACAUCGAGACCCUCUGUGUCAGCACAGGUAUCACUGCACCCAUGAGGCUGGGGUGCACAGUGUUGGACUCACCUGGUUCAAAAAACUACACAAGUUUCUGGAGUCUGAUGAGGAGGAUAAAGACAGUCUGCAGGAGCUGGCGGCAGAGCAGCGCUGUAUAGUAGAGCACAUCCUAUGCACAAGACCUCUCGCUAACAGUUUGCCGGCUCCAGUUCGCGGGUUUUGGAUCGUGUCAGACCUGUCCCUGGGAGCCACCAUGAUCUGCAUCACGAGUACCUACGAGUGUCUCCUGCUCCCUCUGCUAAGCUCUAUUCGCCCGGCUUCUCCUCCGCUGCUGUGCUCUCAUCCAGGGGCGGGGUCAGACAGCUCUCCUCUGCGUGGAUUGGCUGAAGACUCCUUUGAACAGCAUAUCCGCAACAUCCUGGCACGCAGCUCCACCAAUCCAUUAAUGCUGAGGUCGGGUGAUAAGGACUCGUCUCCUCCUCCUUCUGAAUGUCUUCAGCUGUUGAGCAGAGCCACACAAGUGUUCAGAGAGGAGUACAUCCUCAAGCUGGGCCUGGCUCAUGAAGAAAUGCAGAGAAGAGUAAAGCUCCUGAGCGGACAGAAGAACAAGCAGUUGGAGGAUCUUGCUCUUUGUAGAGAGGACAGAAAAAGCCUGACAGAAGCUGCAGAGCGACUGGCGGAUAAAUAUGAAGAUGCCAAAUAUCGUCAAGAAGCCAUCAUGAACAGAGUAAAGCGGGUUUUGGGAAGUCUGCGGAGUCAACUUCCUGUGCUGUCAGACAGCGAGAAAGACAUGAGGAAGGAACUGCAGACCAUCAAUGAUCAGCUCCGUCACCUUGACAACGGCAUCAAACAGGUGAACAUGAAGAAAGAUUACCAGAAGAAGCAGAUGAACGCGGGAGCAUCUCCGGCUCACUCCAGCCUCACUCUAAACGCCCACCAGAGGAAGUGUUUGCAGGGAGUGCUGAAAGAACAAGGAGAGCACAUCGCUGGCAUGAUGAAGCAGAUCAAGGACAUCAAAAACCAUUUCAGCUUCUGACCAUCAGCGAUUCAGAGGCCAUUACCAACGACCAUUGUACAGUAUUCAUCGAAAUCCCAGAAGAACCAAUAAGCAACUCUAUAGCCAAUGAACUCUUCUGAAAGAAAGCGUUUGACCCACACCUCUCACAUUUAGUUGCAAAUUUUUGUAUGAACUAAUUUUGUCUUUAAUUUUUAUGAGUGUAUAUGUCCAUGUUUAAUUCUUCUGGACAAUAAAGCGUUUUGUACAUUGAAA